AUGAAAUUGCCCACAAUUCAUUGCGUUGUGGGCGUUACUGGAGGACAGCGACGCAGCCGGGGCCAGGAUUUAAAAAGGAACGAGGCCACAAGCGUCUCAACGUCCGCGACAGACACCAAAAAUGACGGAGAUCAUGGCGAAGAAGCUCAAGAAGAAGCAGUUCAUUUAGGAUCUAGGUGCACCCUUAAUACUCUAACAUGGAUGUUCCGCAUCGUGUAUGGUGGGCGCCGGAAUGCCAAGAUGAACAAGAAUGCACUACAUUAA